AUAUGAUCGAAUGUUUUCAUCUGCGUUCGUCUUGACCGCGUCUUGACAUUUCUAAUGAAUUUUCUUUCAAAAAUUGAAAAACACAAUUUUUAAAAUGAGUUGGGAAGUAAGUGCAGCUCCAAUGUGUCGAGCUUGCAUGGAAAUUGAUGGAACUUUCAUUUCUAUGGACGAUGAAAUCUUUAAUAAGAAAAAUUUGCUCAAAAAACUUAUCGAGUUAACGUCUAUUCGCAUUGAUAAGAACGAUGGCCUUCCAACAAUGCUGUGCACAAAAUGUGCUCAUCGUACGAGCGCUUUUUACAAAUUUAAACAGCAGGUUAUUGAAUCGGAGAAAAAACUUAGAAAAAUGUUCCAAGUUUCGAGCGAUUUUGUCAAGGAAGACGUUUGUCAAGUUCACGAGGAAAAAUUGGAAAAUUUGCAAUUUUCACAAUCUAUUAUUAAGCCGAAAAUAAUAAAUUUAGUGGACGAAAAACAAUCACAGAACGAAACGCAACAAGAAAUGCAACUAUCAAAAGAUGAAACCAACGAAGUAGUUGAAGAGAUUUGCAUUGAUUCCCAAAAUGUUCAUUUGUUAAAUAGUGAGAAGAAUGAGACAAUCGCAAAUAUUGUCAAUUCCGGCGAUGUUCAAUACGCAAUAACUUACGUACCUAACGAAGCUUUAAACCUCAUGCUAAAUAGAGAGGCUUUUCAAGCAGUUCUUGCAAACCCGGAAAUCAGUUUGGCGAGCACAACCAGCAAGCAGACUGCACCAACGGCAAGCAAUUUGCCAGAAAAUGUAAGCAACGGAGAUGUUGAUUAUGUGCAAUCGGUUAGUGAUUUAUUUGGGGCAAUUCCUCCAGUGGAAAGACUGUUGACUAUUGAGAGUGCAAUGGAAAAUGAAGCGAAUGUUGCAAACACGGAGAUAGAAGUGCUGUAUGCGAAUGCUUCAGCAACUCAGGAGAAAGACUGCGUUUCGGAUUCGAAUGAAAACUCCCUGCUUCUUCACGAUAACAACAACAGGGAAAAGGAAGCAGAGGAGAGCAACGACUCGGACUCGGAUUAUUUCAUAAGUUCCAAAGACGACAUUCUGGGCAGUCUCAACGACACGAUAACGAGGGUGAAGGAGAUAAGGGACGGGAACGAAGUGCAAUUUCAGUGCAGCCUCUGUCUUCAGAAUUACCAGGAACUGUCCAAGGUGUUGACUCACAUCGUCGACAAUCACGUGCCAAGCAACGGUCCCUUCUUCUGCAUCGUGUGCGAGAAGGACUGCGAGAGUCGUCGGGAGCUGCGAGCGCACGUGAAGAUCCACACGGGCUCGCACCCCUACAUCUGCUUCCUCUGCAAGAAGGCCUACGUGAUGAAGCGCUACCUGAAGCGGCACCUGGCCUGCCACACGGACUUCCCCAGGCACCGCUGCGCCAAGUGCGGCGUGCGCUACAAGAUCAAGUCGGAGCUGGAGACCCACCUGACCACCCACGCGCACGGGCCCGCCUACCAGUGCGACCAGUGCCCGCGCAUCUUCAACCACAAGGGCAACUACAAGCGCCACCUCCUGUCGCACCUGGACCCGCUCAACACCCACCUGCCCAAGUUCCCCUGCCGAGUCUGCGGCAAGCGCUUCCUCAACAACCGCACCCUGCAGACCCACUCGCGCGUCCACACCGGCGAGAAGCCCUUCAAGUGCACGAUCUGCGACCGCACCUUCUCGCAGCAGGGCAACCUCCUCAACCACAGCAAGUCCGUGCACUCCAACCCCCGCAACCACACCUGCGAGGUCUGCGGCAAGAGCUUCAACCAGAAGGCCACUCUCCGGGACCACAGCCUCCUGCACACCGGCGAGAAGCCCUACGUCUGCACCAUCUGCGGCAAGGCCUUCACCUUCAGCUCCGCCAUGCGCCGGCACGUCUGGGUGCACAGCGGCGGCAAGCCCUUCGGCUGCGACGUCUGCGACGCGCGCUUCAUCGGCAAGUACGACCUCAAGCGCCACAUGAAGAUCCACUCCCAGAGGCCCAAGCUGCAGCGACAAAGGCGCGACUCCGACGAGUCAAACGACGAGCCGAACGACGCCCACCACGCGGAGCUCCUCCAGGAAAUGAUCGUCCUGCAGGACACGCCCGACGAAGAGCGCAUCCUCAUGGAGCCGAUUCUCCUGCCCGAUCAUCGGGCGGACGCCGUCGAUCCGCAGAAGGAGUCCGAGAAGGAAAACGCCUAUGCUCUUUUCAAUUUAAUGCAGUAUAGUUAGUCCAAUGUCAUAAUUUCCUAUUUUUAAAGAAUGGUCGAAUUAAAUUUCAAAUUCCUUUCGGUAGAAGCGCAAGGAAUCUAAUUUAUGAUCUGUAUUUGGACAAUUUAAAGUUAUAUUUCAAGAAAAAUCACAAAUUUUUGUCAAUAAUAAAUGAUUAACAUUUGAAAUGAAAUUUAACAAAUGUUUUCUAUUGACCGUAAAUUGUAAUUUUUAUUCAAAUUCAACUUUAGUUUUAAAUAUUAAAAAUUAAAUUCUUCGCCUUUCCACCAAAACGAAUUUAAAAUUUAAUUUAUCUUUUUCUUUUGAAUUACGAAAUUAUAACAUUGGACUGACUUUUGUUUUGACUGUCCGUCAGAUUCUUGCUUAAUGUACACAAAGAGAGUGAUCUUUAGUUUAUCCAUGAAAAGUCAUUAUUAGUUCUACGUGCUCGCCUCACAAGCUUAGUUUACGCCUCGUUAGAAAUUAACAAAUUUCUAUUACUCUUCUGUUGUUAAUAUUUAUACUUGUAUUUAUACUCGUAUUUAUAACUAAAUUAGUUUUCGAACGUAUUCUCCCUAUAAGGGACGAUUUUACGUUUGCGAGUUAAAAACCUGAGUGAGAAUCUUUUUUUUUUAUAGUUAUUUUUCUUCAGACUAGAAAAAAAUGUGAUUUAUUAUAAAUACUCACAGUGUGUAUAAAAUAGAAAAUUAAUAAAUUUUGUAUUUUUGAGAA